UUCAGUUAGUCUAUAAUUUUCGGUAGAACAUGUCGACCACCACGACCAAACGGCAUGAAGUAUUUUUGAUAUUUUACACGUUUGAGAGAUAAUUUUUGUAAAAACCAUCUUAUUUCUUGCACUUAAGUGCGAAACAGGGCAAAAGUUUGUGCUAAAAUUAGUAUCGCGGCUAUAUUUUCUGUUGCGGUGGCAGUGCUUUUUGUUUUUUUCAAAUAAGCUCGUGGCUUAGCAGGAAAGUGUCGAAUAAAACAACUUUUCCAGACUUGCUGUCUGCGUUUUGAACAGACAACCAGCCAGUCAUCGCUGUGUAUGUAUACGGUGAAAGAACUAGCGAAAUACAUACAAAAAUAUACACACACGACUAUAUACAUACAUACAUAUGUAUAUAAUAAUUUAAACAGCGCAGCGGUGGGCCGCAAUGAUGCAAGCGUGAGUGUGUGUGUAUUGCGAGAAAAAAUUUCAAAAUAGCAAAUUUGCAGAAAAACGAAACAUUUAUGCGUAAAUCCGUUAAAUACUAACUAACAACCCCGCCCAACCAAACAACCACUUCUACAUACCAACAACAACGUUGUAAACUGAUUUCUACAAGCUGUGCGAAAAGUGCAAACACUGACUAAAAACAAGAACAAAAAUAUAAAUAUAAAAAGAGCUAAAACUAAAAAAAGAAAAUAAAAAACAAGAACAAAAGUGAUACAAACUAUAAAAACAUCAACCAAAAUAUUUGCAUAAAAAAAUAACAACAUGAAAAGCUAAAAUUGGAAAACAAAAACAACCAAAAGCCGUCCGUUGUACAUCAUCAAACAUUACGAAACCCAGUCCAAAUCCGCAAAAGUUUCAAAACUGCGCCUUACAUACAUACAAACAAGCAUAUUUGCAACCCUAGAUAUACACACAUACUUACAUACAUAUGUGUAGUGAAGUGUUGGUGUGCAGACCCGAUUUCAAUCGUUUCAAUAACAUUAACAUAACUGUAAUAUACUCACUACAUAAUACAGGCCAUAUUCUACAACAAUAUUGGGCGCAACAUUGACUGAUUGAUAUUCGCAUAUACAUGUACAUAUAUAUAUACCUUAUAUUCAUAUUUAAUCAAUAAUAUAAGUAUAUACAAAGUAUAUUAUAAUUUAUACAAUUUAAUCUCAAAUGAAAAUCGUCGCUUUUACAUACAAACAUUAGUAUAUACAUAUGCCUAUAAUUUUUUAUAAUCAUAUACUACUUUCGCGUAAAACAUAACACACGAAAAAAUCGGAAAAUUCGCAAAUCCUUAUAAACUCCUUCGUACAACUAAAAAUCGUUCAUCAAUCACUUACAUAGCUCGUAGUAGCACUGUAACUAUUAUAGCCGGCAACAAUAUGCUUACCUCGAAUGACAUUUACUGUUUCCCACAAAAAUCCAUCGAGCGUAGCGGUUCCACCCAAUAUGACAUUGCCGCACCAUCGGGCUCCACAACGUCCGGUUCCACAUUGUCAACGGAUUGUGGCGGCUAUGUUUAUCUGCAGCAACACUAUAUACCCUCGAGCUCUUCCAGCGCUGCGAUAAAUUAUCCCUUAAUGCAACAAUCGCACAUGAUUUACCAGCAACAUCAUCCACAGCAGCAACAACAACAAUAUGCAAACUCGUGCCAUCAACAGCAAAUUGCACAUCAGUCAGCAGCCGCUGCAGCAACGGGAACUGGUGGCAUGCAUCAUGGCCAGCAUGUGAGCUUACAUCACCAGCAUCAUCAUCACCACCUACUGCAUGGCCAUCAUCAUCAUCACGGUGGUGCCGUUGUGAUUGCCGGCAGCGGUGUUGGCACCGGCGGUGCGGUUGGUGUGGCUGGCAGCGGCGGUCCAGGCAGCACUUCACCAUCAGCCAUACAGCAAAAUAUGCAUAAGAAGAAUUCCAUACGGAAUGGGAGCGAUGUGCUGAAGCGUGCACGUGCACAGACAGCAUACGAGCUCUCACAAGAUUUGUUGGAGAAACAAAUUGAACUAUUGGAGCGUAAGUACGGCGGCGUGCGCGCACGUAAUGCAGCCGUAACGAUACAGCGCGCCUUCCGCCACUAUAUGAUGGUGAAAAAGUUUGCCUCAAUUACCGCUAUGGCCAAAGCUGAGAAACGUCUUAGCCGCCGCGUGCUUAUUGUAUCUGGUGGCGCCAGUGGUACUGGUGCCGUAGUUGGAGGCAUCGAAGACGCGCCUGCUUCCAAUUCGUCAUUGUCCUCAGCAUAUGGCAGCGCAACUGAAUCUCAGCUAGAUUUGAUGCAGCAACAGCAAUUACAAUCACCGGGCACUACGUCGCCGUAUGCCUAUCAACAGUCACAAACACAACAACAGCAGCAGCAACAGGCGCGUGUUACCAUUUUGGCAGGACCACCGGGCAGUGUGGUGGGCACUACAUCGGUGCCAAUUGUGUCGUCGAAUGCCAUUUCAGCGCGCACACCGCCUACGCGCUCGCUUUCGAUGCGAGAGCGUCGGCAGCAAGAUGGCAGCCCGAUACCACGCAGCCAGUCAGGCGCAUCAUCGGUUCCCAUUGGUGGCGGUGGUGGCUCCUCCGCAUCUUCAACAUCUUCUGGCGGCACACUUGGUUCAACCACACACCCACACGUCAACCUCUUACAUGCCACCGAGCCACAUUUCUACGGCAGUCAACAUCUAGCCACACAUUAUUAUCAGGUCCCACCACACGAGGCCAGUUACGCCAGCUCGGCGAACAAUUCGCACUUGGACAGCUCGUUGAAUACGUCGUGGGCGAGUGUAGCAAGUGGAACAUCGCCACACACACCCUACUAUUCAGCGGCACAAAUUUACAUGCGACCCAAAGGCGCGCCCGGCAGCACAUCGGCCGAACGCAAGAAAGUGCCACCCGAAGUCCCGAAGCGCACCUCCUCUAUAGCAGCACAACAGCACGCACAGCAUCUGGCAGCACAGCAACAACAUCAACACAUGCUAAUGAUGCGUCAGACACCACCACCACCUUCACUGUUACGCUCGAACGGGCUCUGCAAAAGCGCCGAGAAUGGCAGUCUCACAUCCGUGCAGAGCUCGGGUAGCGACUCAAGCGUCACAUCGGCCGAUCGAAUCGCCGUCAACAGUGACAUUGGUUCGGAUCGUUCGAAUUCUCCACAAACGUGGAAGCGUAACACAGCCCUUUCGAGUUCACAACAAUUCGUACAUAACAACGAUGUGGGCACGGUGGCAUUUAGUCUAGCGCAGGCUGGUAUGGUGACCGACGGACGUGGUGGUGGCAGUGUUGUUGGCGCGGCCAAUACGUCCGAUGAUCAUGCCAUAUCUUCACACACAACUGCAGCGCAGUAUGAGCAGCACGAACAGCAACAGGACCAUCACUUGAAUACGACGGCGCCCCUGCAGAAUUACAAGGUUUCAGAAACAAUACGCAAGCGUCAGUACCGCGUUGGUUUGAAUCUGUUCAAUAAGAAACCAGAGAAGGGCAUCACUUAUUUGAUACGGCGUGGCUUCCUCGAAAAUACGCCACAAGGUGUGGCGCGCUUCCUUAUCUCGCGUAAGGGUUUGUCGCGACAGAUGAUCGGCGAGUAUUUGGGCAAUUUGCAGAACCAAUUUAAUAUGGCGGUAUUGAACUGCUUCGCAUUGGAGCUGGAUCUUUCCGGUAUGCAGGUGGAUGUGGCGUUGCGCAAGUUCCAGGCGUAUUUCCGCAUGCCAGGCGAAGCGCAAAAGAUAGAGCGGCUAAUGGAGGUGUUCUCACAGCGCUUUUGUCAUUGUAACCAGGAUAUUGUAGGGCGUUUAAGAUCUUCAGAUACGAUAUUCGUACUGGCUUUUGCUAUCAUCAUGCUGAAUACUGACUUACAUACACCCAAUCUUAAGCCGGAGCGUCGCAUGCGCGUUGAGGACUUCAUUAAGAAUUUGCGCGGCAUUGACGAUUGUCAUGAUAUCGAGAAGGAUAUGCUCGCUGGCAUUUACGAGCGCGUCAAAGCUAAUGAAUUUAAACCCGGCAGUGACCAUGUGACACAAGUGAUGAAGGUGCAGGCCACAAUUGUGGGUAAGAAACCCAAUUUGGCAUUACCGCAUAGGCGGCUCGUUUGCUAUUGUCGUCUCUAUGAAAUACCAGACGUCAAUAAGAAAGAACGUCCUGGUGUACAUCAACGCGAAGUUUUCCUCUUCAACGAUUUGCUAGUGAUCACCAAGAUAUUCAGCAAAAAGAAAUCCUCCGUAACGUAUACGUUCCGUAAUAGUUUCCCGCUUUGCGGCAUGGUGGUAACAUUACUCGACGUGGCCAAUUAUCCAUUUUGCAUUCAACUGUCACAAAAAGUCGAUGGCAAAAUACUAAUCACAUUCAAUGCGCGCAACGAGCACGAUCGCUGCAAAUUUGCCGAGGAUCUAAAGGAGUCCAUCAGCGAGAUGGAUGAAAUGGAGGCAUUGCGCAUCGAAGCCGAAUUGGAGCGCCAGAAGUCGGCACGCAAUCGUACAGCCGGGAGUUCUGAAAACCGUGAUAGUGGCGUAGCCGAUGUAGAGGUGGGCGCAUAUCAGGCAACGCCCGCCGGCGAACUCGCACCGAAUGCAAACGAUCCAACGCAGCAACUGAAACGCAGCGCGCUCAGCAACAGUUUACUCGACAUGCAUGAGCAAUUUGGCAACGAGAAGCCACAACGGCGCGGCAGCGUAGGUUCAUUGGACAGCGGUAUGUCCAUUUCCUUUCAAUCGACCACGACAAGCAGCGCAUCGCGUGAGAAUGCCGCCGUCAUUGCAGCAGCCGCCAAUGCCGCCGCGGCUAAAAUGCGCUUCAAUCUACCCGCCGGCGCAGCAGUCGCCAUGGGAGGCAAUGUAGGUGCCACGGUCAUUUAUCCAAAUGCAGGCGGCUAUUCACAUGCGACAGCAGGAUUUGUCAGUCAACCACAUGCUAUACUUAUACAACAACAAAUGGUGGCACAACAGCAGCAGCAACAGCAACAUAUACAGCAGUUACAGCAGCAACCGCAGCAAUCAGCGCUGCUGCAACAGCAACAACAACAGCAAGCGCAUGCAUCAAUGCAGGGCUCAAUUACAGGGCGCGUGCCGGGUAGCGGACGCGAACGCAAAUUAUCGCGUUCCGAUGAAAGCGGUCGUUCCACCGAAGUGUGAACAUUGAAAGAGUAACGCCGCUUGCAGGAUUAAAUGAAAUAGCUGUAUGUACUUUAAGGAAGGGAGUGAUUUUUUUUGUAAAUUUGUAGGAGUUUGUAAAUUAUUACCAAAAUAGUUCAAUUUUUUAAUUAAGCUUGUGGAGAGUGAAAGCAAGCUUCGGUUAUGUGGCAUAUUGGAGGAAAUUAUGGCUCAACAAAUGUUUUAUUUUUUAAAAUUAAAUUUAGUUCACAAUAUAAGAUUCAUUGUUCAGUUGGAGGUUAUGUCCGCGAAUCAAGCUGGUAAGCAAAGCACAGUUGAUUUAGAUUGUUAGCUGCUACUAACAAUUUACUUGGGUUUCUUCAUUGUUAAAACUGCUUAAAUAUGAUUCGAAAAAGCAGUAUAUUACAGUAGUGACAACAACAACGUCUUAAAUACUAUUUUAGUGUGGUUUAAAACCAAUCUUUGUUCUGUUUUAAUAGAUUUUAUGCGCUGUAAUGAUUUUAUUUGUAAUAAAAAAAAUUUAUAUAUAAAUUUAAUUGAAAUUCAAAUAAUUAUAAUAAAUAAUAAUAACUAUUUUUAAUUUUUUUUUUUUGGUGAAAUUAAAAGUUUUAUGUUUCGAUUCAAUCAAAUUUAAUAAAUUAGUAUUGAGAUCGUGAAAAGUAUUGAUAUCGGAAAAGUAUUUUUUGAUUUAAAAUUAAUAAUAUCGAUUCGAAAUGAGUAACCUUAUUGUUAAUAUCGAAAAAGUAUUUUUGCUUUCGAAUUAAUUUGUUUUUUUGUUUGAAUUUGAAUUUUUGGAUAAGAGUAAGGGUUAAAUCAAUGGCAAUAUAACUUAUAUGAAAUAAGCGUAAAGAAAAAUUAUCUCUUUGUUGAAUACAAUUUGAUUGAAGUUGCAAAUUUUUUUCUUUUCAAAACGAAUUGAAAUUUAAAACUUAUAAGUUUAAAUUUUUGUUAUCAUUUCGGUUUGAGUUGUUACAAGUUAUUAUUUAAUUUUUUGGCUUUUGUUCUUUCUUUUUUGAUUUGUUUUUUAUUUUUUUAUUAGAAACUAAUUUUCAAUCUUAUAAUUUCACAAAAAUUUCAAAGAUUUCAAUAAACAAAGAUGUUAUAAAAAUGUACACCAAUUAUUUCUGAAUCUUUUGAUUUCUCUUAAAAUCAUUUCAAUAUGAAAUAAAUUGCCGCUUCAACCUAUUAUUUUUUUUAUAAAAUAUUAACUAAUUAAAACAAAAAAACAAAUGUAUUCAAAUACUUUUUUAUUUCUACUAUUAAACACGGCAUACAUUUUGCUCUUCCUACAUAUACAGCUAAUGAUUUUUGUGCAAAUAUUCGAUUGUUUGCAAAGUAUUUACACAUAGUUUUUACUGUGGCUCCAGGGGGUUUAAAAAUUAAAUACUGUUAUUUGCCAAAAACACAAAAAAAGAAAAUUCGUAGUCAUAGAUAUGUAUAUCACAGAAUGUGAAAAACCAGUUUAAUUUGUAUAUAUCAAACAAAGCAGGCGUGGAUCUACAACACUUACUGUUAACACUGACUUUAUUUGUUGUUCACUUGUUUUUUGUAUAUUCUUAUGCUCGUUGGUAUAUUAUUUUAUGUACAUAUGUGUAUGCAUAUCUAUUUUUUGAUUAAUUUAACACAAAUGCGUAUAUAUGUAUUAUUUAUUUGUACAUUAACAUUACAAAGCAGAACAAAAAAGCAAAAUUGCAACAGCAAAAUAUAAAAAAUAUAUAAUGACAACAAUAUUAAUUAAUACUAGCCUUAGCAUCGUACAGAUCCAAAUAUUACCAAGAAAUAAACCAUAAAAAACUCAACUUA